AUGGACGGCGCUGCCACCAGAGGGCGUCUCGAUCUCGUCCAGGGUCUUGCUGCUAGCAGAUCAGAGGGCUGCUCCGCGGAAGCGUUCGUCGGAGCCGCAGCCAACGGUCACUCGGCAGUACUCGAAUGGCUAAUAGGCCACUACCCAGAGCUCUACGACCCACCACGAUGCUUCGUUGCAGCAGCUGAAAGCGGCCAAGCGGACAUAGUGAACUUGACGAGACAACAGCGGUGGAAUCCACACGUUCUCAGAGAUGUCAUAGGUCCUGCAGUGGAGGCCGCUGCAGCUAACGGGCGUGUUCACGUGCUGGAAGCUCUCAGACCGUGGCCACCUAAUCAGACCAAAGCGUUCAUGGCGGCAGCGGCGCACGGACAUACGGACGUGAUGGAGAUGUUCAACUGCGUUGAUUCGACUUCUCGUUUAUCCUCCGCUGCGGUAUUGCGGGACGUCACAGAGUGUGGUGAUCCCGCUGCGAUCGAGUGGCUGAUUCAGCGCUAUGACCCAAGCGAGCGUGCCAUUGAUCAAAUGCUGCGCACUGCUGUCUGGGCGACUGUGAGUUUUCAGCGCGUGUAUGAAGAGGCGGGAAACAGCAGCUACGAUGUCGUUGAGCUCUUGCUCGACGAUGCCCUUCGCCCAUACUUCAGCGACCCGAGCAUUCGGUUCACCGUCGCUAUGGCUGCUGGCUACGCGACUUCAUGUGGCAACGUUGAAGGAGCAAAAAUGGUGCUCAGUGAAUGCGAUGGAGCUGGUGCUGGCCACGCGCUCUGCAUUGCGGUGGAGGCGAAGCGCAUCGAGUUGGUCGAACUAUGCGCUGGGAAAAGCGGCAGUUCGUAUAAAAGUAAGGCUCUGGAGCAAGCAGCACAAGGCGAACAGAUUGCCGUCUUGGAUGCUUUGAUGAACUACCUUGACGAAACAUCAGUGUGGAGAGCGCUGGAGCAGCUUCCGUCCGAUACGAAUGUCGUCGUGUUGGAGGCGAUUGUGAAGAAUCGUGAUCCUGAAAUCUACCCGAACAAUUUUGCGGCUGCUGCCGAGCGUGGAUUGCUUGGAUUGGUGAACUGCUUGCAGGGUGGAAUGGACGCGAACAGCAUCCGCUGGGCACUUCUGCUCGCUGCCGCGAAUGACCAUGCUGAGGUGCGACAGAAGGUCACUCGAACGUUCUUCUUAGUGGGCAUUGCGAUCUACCAAGCGCUUGUGCCGCCUGGGCGUCUGCGGAAAAAGCUGGUCACGUGGAUGUUGUGCGACUCCUUGACGAAGCCCUAG